AUGUACAACAGGAUUAGAGAACGGGAGAGGAAGACAAGCACCUGGCCGGCGGGGCGUCUGGGGCCUGGCGUCGUUCCGAGAGCGCGUACGACUGGGGCUUGGCGUCGUUCCUGGGGCCCGUGCGUCGGUGCACAGUCGGCGUCUCGGGCCUGGCCACCGGCGGGAGGGCCUAGGUCGUUCGCGUGCGUCUGGGCCUGGCCACCGGCAAGAGGGCGUGCGGCUUCGAGGCACAGGGCCUACGGCGGUGGCAGCGGAUUUGCGAGGUGGGGGCACAGGGACCGGCGGCGUGGGGACGCGGGCGUUGGUAGAGGGUGGGCCUGGCCACCGGCAAGAGGGCGUGCGGCUUCGGGGCACAGGGCCUACGGCGGUGGCAGCGGAUUUGCGAGGUGGGGGCACAGGGACCGGCGGCGUGGGGGCGCGGGCGUAAGAGGGCGUGCGGCUUCGAGGCACAGGGCCUACGGCGGUGGCAGCGGAUUUGCGAGGUGGGGGCACAGGGACCGGCGGCGUGGGGGCGCGGGCGUUGGCAGAGGGUGGGCCUGGCCACCGGCAAGAGGGCGUGCGGCUUCGGGGCACAGGGCCUACGGCGGUGGCAGCGGAUUUGCGAGGUGGGGGCACAGGGACCGGCGGCGUGGCGGCGCGGGCGUUGGCAGAGGGUGA